AUGUCGGAGAAGAUGACCCCAAUAGAUGGCGACAGCCAGAAGAAGCGCGUUUGUUACUUUUUCGACUCAGAUAUUGGUGGUUUUCACUAUGGGCCUGGUCAUCCGAUGAAGCCCACUAGAAUACGCAUGUGUCACUCCCUCGUCAUGAAUUACGGCCUAUAUAAGAAGAUGGAAAUCUUCCGCGCCAAACCUGCCACAAAACGCGAGAUGACGCAGUUCCAUUCUGAUGAAUAUGUCGAAUUUCUGGCUCGGAUAACACCAAGUAACAUGAACUCAUACGUGAAGGAGCAGCACAAAUACAACGUGGGGGAUGAUUGUCCUGUUUUCGAUGGCCUCUUCGAGUAUUGUUCAAUUUCCGCUGGUGGAUCCAUGGAGGGUGCAGCUAGACUGAGUCGCGAUAAAUGCGAUAUUGCAGUAAAUUGGGCGGGCGGAUUGCAUCAUGCCAAGAAGAGCGAGGCUAGCGGUUUCUGCUACGUUAAUGACAUCGUUCUGGGCAUUCUAGAGCUGUUACGAUACCACAACCGCGUGCUCUAUAUUGACAUCGAUGUGCACCAUGGAGAUGGUGUCGAGGAAGCAUUUUAUACCACUGACCGUGUCAUGACCGUCAGCUUCCAUAAGUACGGAGAGUAUUUCCCUGGAACUGGAGAACUUAGGGACGUCGGUGUCAUGAAGGGUAAAUACUACGCUCUGAAUUUCCCGCUUCGUGAUGGUAUUUCGGAUGAAAACUACAAGUCUGUCUUCGAACCAGUCAUUCAAAACGUGAUGGAAACAUAUGACCCCUCUGCUAUCGUGUUACAGUGUGGAACUGACUCUCUAUCUGGCGACAAGUUAGGAUGCCUGAAUUUAUCCAUGCGAGGGCAUGCCAACUGUGUAAAGUUUGUUAAAUCAUUCAACAAGCCGUUGUUGCUUCUCGGGGGAGGUGGAUAUACCAUGCGCAACGUCAGUCGAGCUUGGGCGUAUGAGACGGGUUUAGCUGCGGGUGUAGAACUUGGGCCUGAAAUCCCUGUAAACGAGUAUUACGAAUACUUCGGACCUGAUUACGAGUUGGAUGUGAAAUCCUCGAAUACGGAUGAUCUCAAUACUCCCGCGUACUUGGAUCGCGUCAAACGAAUUGUCCUAGAGAAUCUUCGACAUUCAGGUGGCCCACCCGGUGUUCAGAUGACAGAUAUACCCACCAUGCCGAUAGACGCCCAGAUGGACGACCCCAACGAAGACGAAGAUCUCAUUAAUCCGAACGAGAGGCGGCCCAUGCGUUUGCUUGACUCGAGACGGCAAGCUGAUGGCGAAUUAUCCGACUCAGACGAUGAAGGAGAGGGUGGCCGAAGGGACCACGCUACAUAUCGCAAUGGCGACAGUGACGGGUUGAAUGGAACUCACAAAUUCGGCAUUGGCGGUGGGAUCCUGAGCUCUGGCGCUGCACAUACCCACGGUGCUGGACCCAGUGGGCAUACUACCGUCGUUCGGAUGUUAUCCUCCACUGUGGACAUGGAGGUUGAUACUCCAUCGACAGAAAGUGGAGCAAACGGCACAAGCGAUGCUGCGCCUCCUACAGCACCGCCGGCAUCGUCUGCGUCUGAAGGAGAGGCUAAGUCAGGCGCGCCAGCGGCCGAAUCCACCGUGCCCCUCGGCGACAAACCUGCCCCUGUUGUUCCCGAACCCAAGGACGAGAAGAUGGAAGUGGACUCUACGAACGCGCCCUGA